UAUAACAUUAGUAAACUUCAUAUUACGAAACCUUUACAAACUAUGAAAUUAAUCAACUCAGAUUAGCCUGAACUGAGUCUGGAAAUUUUCGAUUCAAUGGCCAGUUAUUUUGUAAAGGGGCCAUCAGGAAACUAAUAAACUCGUACGAAAUAUGAUACAUACUUAAGUAUAUUCGACCCGGAAAACUCGCUUCGAGAAUUCUGUCAGGAACUGUCAGUUUAUAGUAGCCUGUCGGUAGCAUAGCCUGUGUGGGAGACCCAAUACUAAGCCCUUUUCUUCAAAAUGUCGUCACCUGGUGGCAAGUGCAACACCUGCCCUUGCGGCACCACCGGCGGUGCACCACAACCGUGCCACCGUUCGCCGCCCUCCUGCGUCCAGCAGCAGCAGCAGCAGCAGCAAAUGAAUCCGUGUCCACCUCAGCAGCAAAUGAAUCCGUGUCCACCUCAGCAGCAAAUGAACCCGUGUCCACCUCAGCAGCAAAUGAAUCCGUGUCCACCUCAGCAGCAAAUGAAUCCGUGUCCACCUCAGCAACUCGCGGGUUGCCAAAUACAGCAACACCAGCCGCAGCGACCGCAAAUUGAAUGCAACUGCACCCAGAAUCGGGUCCGCAACGUCCGUCCGCCGCCUAUCCAGGCUGACGUUGUGAGCUGCUGCCGUCCUCCCCCCAAGCGCCGGUCAUCAUAGCGACC